ACAACGCUGCCACCGAGCUCCCGUGUGCAACCGGUGUUUCAGGUGUUCAUUCUAGGAGCGGUGACCUGCACUUACAGUGCAGUGUGUAUAAUGUUUAUUGUCUAUCAUCUAGUACGAGCGAUAAAACUCGCCUGUCGGGCAUCCAGUUUUCGUAGUGACUAACAAUCGGUCCUUCGCCGCGGAUUAAAGCUGACGAUCUAGUUUAGGUGAUCAGAAAUCUCCUGGGCGUGCGCGCGAACGGAACGGAAAACUGAAACCAUGUGGAUCUUAUUGAUAUCGGUUUUGGCGGUCGUUUGUGUUGCGCUGGUGAUCUAUCGGAAGUUCGCCCGAACUUUGGAAGUGGCAAAACAGUAUGCGGGUCCUCCGGCGUUGCCGAUCCUGGGAAAUGGCUUGUGGUUUCUCAACAAACAACCCGAUGAAUUUCUACCGAUCAUUCAGCAUCUUACCAAUGUCUACGGCGACGUUGUGCGCUUUUGGCAAGGACCUCAAUUUACGCUGUAUGUGGGAAAUCCAAGCAUGGUUGAGACCAUCAUGACCAACAAGCAUUUGACCGAUAAAUCCGGCGAGUACGACUACCUCUCCAAUUGGCUUGGCGAUGGUUUGCUUCUGAGUAAACGCCAAAAAUGGCACGCCCGACGGAAGGCCAUCACACCGGCGUUCCACUUCAAAAUCCUGGAACAGUUCGUGGACGUGUUCGACCGAAAUGCGACCGAACUGGUGGACGUCCUGGGGAAACAUGCCGACAGUGGCGAAACUUUCGACAUGUUCCCUUAUGUGCUGUUGUAUGCUCUGGAUGUGAUUUGUGAAAGCGCAAUGGGAACUUCUGUUAAUGCUCUGCGAAACUCGGACUCCGAGUACGUCCGAGCAGUCAAGCAAGCAGCUAGCGUUUCAAUCAAACGUAUGUUUGAUAUCAUCCGACGAACACCUCUGUUCUACUUGACCCCUAGUUAUCAGAAGUUGAGGAAAGCGCUGAAAGUCCUGCACGGCUACACCGACAACGUGAUAGUAUCUCGGAGGAAUCAGCUCAUGAGUAAAACAGACGUAGAUGGUGAAGCGUUGGACGAGUUUGGAACCAAAAAGAAGGAUGCCUUUCUCGAUAUGCUGCUUCGAACUAACAUCAACGGUAAACCUCUGACCAACUUGGAAAUCCGUGAAGAAGUGGACACUUUCAUGUUCGAAGGGCAUGACACAACUACUUCGGCUGUGGUCUUCACGUUGUUCAACCUGGCCAAGAAUCCGGAAGUGCAGCAGAAAGUCUACGAUGAGAUAGUGUCAGUUAUGGGAAAAGAUCCUCAGGAACCGAUACAGCUGUCCCAUUUGCAUGAUCUAACCUAUACGGAGAUGGCGAUCAAGGAAACGCUCCGACUGUAUCCUUCAGUACCUCUGAUCGGUCGCCGAUGCGUGGAAGAAAUCACCAUCGAUGGCAAGACCAUUCCAGCCGGAGCGAACAUCAUCGUCGGGAUUUACUUCAUGGGCCGGGAUCCUAAGUAUUUCGAUAAUCCUUCUCAGUUCAUUCCAGAACGGUUUGAAGGGGAAGUCUCGGUGGAGAAGUUCAACCCGUACAAGUACAUCCCGUUCAGUGCUGGUCCACGGAACUGUAUUGGCCAAAAAUUCGCUCUCAACGAAAUGAAAAGUGUGAUAUCGAAGCUUUUGCGCCACUAUGAGUUCAUUCUACCGCCCGGCAGCGCCGACGAGCCCCUGCUAGCAUCUGAGUUGAUUCUGAAACCGCAUCACGGAGUCCCACUACAGAUUAGGCACCGCUCAGCGCCUGCUCUCCUCAAGUGAUUAGGCUUUCCCUAAAAGGUCACACACCCCAAUCGACGACGACGAUGACGACCCGGUUUGUUCAAACAUGAUCGACGAUCAAUUAUAGUCAUGUAUGCCACCAACAAUCAACCAAUCGAACCAAAACCAUGUGAUACAAUGUGAUAUAAUAAUAAAAUGUGGAAAAAUACGAGAUUCGUUCUCAAAAACGCACUCAGAACC